AUUAAACAUUUUUUUUUUUGGUUUUCAAACAUUCUUCACUUAAUUCAUUAUUCUUCGGUCACCAAAAGAUGCCUACGAAGAAGAGUUCCGAGAAGAAGACCGACGAUGAUUGCGAAAACUUAGCCAUUUCAUAGUCACCUUAGAAUAUUUCAGUUAUUUUCGUACAUGUAUCUAUUUUGUAAAUCUUUACUGUAAAAUCCGACUAAAUAAAUAUCAUUUGUCCUACUAUUUCUUCCAAGUAUUUCGAUUUAGAGUACGUACCAGGUGAUUUUACUCCCUACGAAGCGCAACACCCUUCACGGGAUCAGCUGCUGCAACAAAAGUACGAGCGCGACAACAAUAUUGAACCCGACCUGCCAUUGGACAAACUCUAUUUGGGUGACCAUCUCUGUCAGACGGAAAAGCCGGACGUAACGCUUACGCGUAAAAUACCGCUACCUCUAACGCGUGUCUCUUCACCCGUCAGCACCACUGUCACGCCUCUGCUAACGCGCGCUAUUCCGCCUGAGCUGACUGUACCACAAAAAGACUUUAUGUCACCAGUGCAGCCGGAAACAUCGUUAUUGCCGCAAACCGCUGCUUUAACUGAUUCCGUUGGACCAAGUUUGGAAUAUUUUAAGAAGAAAUUCGGCUAUCAAAAUCCAGAUUCGGCUACGGCACAAAAUACUGAGCAAAAAAUGCCGCUUAAGUCAAUUACCGCCAAACCGAAUGAACGCUCUCCUUCGCCAAUCAUUCCAGCGUAUGCCAAUUUCGAAUUGGCCAAGCGCAUGCAUCAUGAUAACUUGGACCAUCAACCGCUACCCGAUUGCGUGGUGGACAUGGCGUUCCGCAAACGUCAAAUGACUGGCGAUCAUCCUGGCCUAGCGCUCGAUAUUGCGCCCUUUGCUACGGGCGUGGGCAUUAAGACACAUAAUGCUGGCCCUACACAUUGCACGAAAAUGAAGGUGUUUCGACCGCGCACUUGCGGCGUUGUGCCCAAAGCUUACAAAGGUGACUUAUCUCGCGCAAUUACUUCCGCUCAGCCGCAGCUUAAGCCGAUGACUGCUAUGGAUCUGGCUAUAGGCUGGGAUUAUAGAGCCCCCAAUCCGGCGGAUGAGCCACAACCGCCGCCACACAUAGAUGGCUCCGACGACACGGCUGGGCCGGCCGUUUUUAAUUAUGUAAAAACGCCACGCGAUGAAACAACCACAGAUCUUGGCCGCUCGGCGGGAGUUUUCAAUAACACGCUCGGCGAAACGGGCUUCUUCGAUAAGGACAUAAUGCAACGCAAGUCAGACUUUGGCGGUCGUAUAACUGAACGCGACGCCGACUGCCUUUGUAGCACAGACGACUGCGUUGCACGUGCACCACGAGCGCGCAGCAUGACGCGCGAUUGCGCAAUGCCCACAAAUCGGCUGUGUAAGCAAUAUCAAUCAUCGCCAAAUAUACUGGCCGACGAGGGAUACCGCGCGCUGCGUCAAAAAUAUCUUGGCGGCAGCGGCGGCGGUAUUGCAGGUUCGUGCGAAGCGCUCUUACCCGAGCAUGGCUGUAGACGUUCGAAGCACAAUAAUGGUGCGGCAGGGUUUUUAAGGCGUGCGAGAUCAAUACUCUGUCACAAAGUGGCACCUGAGCCACCACACUGUUAUCAUGCAGCGCCCCCGCGCGUCGGCUGCAAAGCGCCACCAUUUCGAGUAGGCAUACCGAAAUAUGAUGCAGCCGGUCAUUUUAUUAGCACGGAUAGUGGCUGCAGCUUGGAGAGUCAUAAUGCGAGUCGAGUUUUGGUGGUGCCGCGCCAGCGUGAUCCCUAUGCCAAGCGAAAUUAUGACAUUGAUACGUUGGUGCCACCGUUUCGUAGUUUCGGCGGUGGUGCUGGAGAGGGCGGCUACCCAGAGCAUUGGCGUUUGGCUAGUGUCUAUCAACAUGCUUAUAAACCGCUGGAGUUACGACGACGGCCGCUACUUCAAACAGUUUAUAAAUAGUGUAUAGGAUAUCAUAAUGGUAUUACCAAUAGAUUGGUUUUUGAAUUAAACAAAUAAACGAUGAAAAGCGUGUUGAUUUCUAAAUUACGGCAAGAGCUUCAUAAUUUUCUAUAUACAUAUGUAUGUAUCACAAUAGUUGCAUUCCAGAUGCUUCACGAUUU